UUGGCCAAACGUGUUCGCCAAGCUGAACGAGAUGUGGUCGAAUGGCAAGGCAAAUGGGAGCUGAGUCAACGCAGUCUGUUGGAAUUGGUAGAGGAACAUAAGAAAAAAACGGAGGAAGCGGCAGCAUCAAAAAAGCAAUCCGAACGAUUGGCCGGUCUCUGUCGGGCUUUGCAGCAUCAACUGUCGGAAUUACGCAGACCCACAGCGAAUCCCCCCGCUGACCAGAGCACACCGUCCGUCCCGGGCGAUGGGGACAGUCAGACUGAGAGCGGCAGAAACAAUACAGUCCCGGAUGGGAGUCCCACUGGGUCGGAAGUAGAAGCCGAACAGUCCAAACCUGAUAAUGAAACGCCAUUGACCGAGCCGGAAAGUCAAUCUGUUAACUCUCAACAGAACGGCACAGCCAAUAGAGACGAAUCCUCCAGUAGGUUGUGA